CUACGGAAGAGUUUGUCAUGUUCAAGAGGGCGAUUUCGAAGACGUCCAGAAGGCGGUUGCUACUGCGAAGGCUGCCUUCCGGCUCAAUACUCCCUGGCGCACCAUGAACGCAUCCAAGCAUGGUCUUCCGUUGCUUAAAUUGGCCUCACUUGUAGAGGGAAAUGCAAAAUACAUUGCUCAGACUCUGGAAGCCCUGGACAAUGGAAAACCUGUCUCAUCGGCCCUCGGUUUUGUAAACUUUUCGGUGGGUAUCCUGCGUUAUUAUGCCCGAUACGCCGACAAAAUCCACGGGAAAAACCUACCUGUUGAUGGCAAUACGAUCGCCUUAACAAGACAAGAACCUGCCGGGGUGGUUGCAGCUAUUGUGCCCUGGAACUAUCCAUUCUUCUUAUCGGUUCUGAAACUUGCACCAGCAUUGGCUGCUGGUUGUACGAUCGUCUUGAAACCAGCUGAACAAACGCCGCUGUCGGGUAUUUAUAUAGGAAAUUUGAUUCAUGAAGCUGGUGAGCUAAUUCCCACACCCGUUAUGCUGGAAUUAGGUGGCAAAUCGCCCUUCAUCAUAUUCGCCGAUGCGGACCAUCGACGAAGUCGAUCAGGCAAGAAUCAAGGAGCACGCCUCGUUACUGGUGACUGCCGUCUAGGCAACAAAGGAUACUACAUUCAACCCACUGUGUUCGCUGACGUGACAGAUGAGAUGGUGAUUGCAAAAGAAGAAAUUUUUGGCCCGGUUCAUUCAAUUUUGAAAUUUGAAACGAUAGAUGAAUUCAUUGAACGAGCUAAUAGUGGGAUUUAUGGGCUAGGCGCUGGCGUGUACACAUCGGAUAUGGACAAGGCAAUGCGCGUGGCUCAGGCUUGUGAAACUGGCAGCUUUUGGAUCAACUGCUAUAAAGUGGAGUCUCCGCAGACUCCUUUUGGAGGCUAUAAAAUGUCUGGCAUCGGGAAAGAAAUGUA